GCAUUCUUCUGCUUGAAUUUGAUUGCCUCGAAACACCGUGUGUGCUGCAAACAAUAUUUCUCUAAGUAAUUCUAUUAAAUAUUUAUAAAUAUAUAUUUAAUAAUAUAUUAAGUGAUAUAAAUUCAAACUUUUAUUUAUUUAAUUUGAAUCAAAGUAAAAACUGAAAACAAUGACUAAGAUAAAUGUCGUAUUUUGUCCGCGUGUUGUACGCACGUUGUGGUCAAAAGAUUAUUUUCUUACAAUGAUAAUCCACGAUUAAUAAUGGAAAAGUGCAAUUCUAACAAUAAGGAAGACCGUCAGGUCUUUCAAUAUUUUGUUGCCAAGCAAAAUACUAUUUUAAUGCGUAUAUCGGGAGAAUGUGACAAAAAUGUUAAUACAUUACGUCUUGGCAUGUUGGUUGAAGCUAUCGAAGAUUUAGGAGAUAGUGCGCUUAAAGUACGCGUUAUUGAUACGACAGGAUCAGAAAUUUGGCGUGACACAGAAUGGAGAUGUCAUAGAUUUGAUUUAAUCUCUGUUUCAUCAGAAGUAUGGAAAUUUUUACCUGCUGUUUCAGUCCCUCAAGAAAGAGUUCGUUUGGCAAAUUAUAAACACUUAUGUGAGGAACUUAUGAGCUUAGCAAUAAAUGAUACUGUUUGGUAUUGUGCUGAUCCUCUAGGAUGUACUAAAUUUUUGGCUAUUAUUAAAUAUAUUGGACCUGUGCCACAACUUGGACAAGGAUAUUAUUUUGGUCUUGAUUUGUUGGAAAAUCAAGAACCAUCCAAAACAGCUUUAUUAAGCAAAGAAUAUUUUGUUUCUACUCAUUCUGAAGGAAGAUUUGCUACAUUAAGUAAUAUUUUCCCAUUAAAACCUGGAGGUCCUACAGGUCUUGCAAAAUCAGAUAAAAAUUUAUGUACAAAAAUUGAAACAGGAAAUAAUUAUACAAAUGAUAAGAAAAAAUCUGUAUUGGAUACUAUACCACCUGUUUUGUUAGAAAGAUUUAGUCUAUAUGAUGAUAAUAAAAAUAACAAUAGAGAUCAAGGAUCUUUGUCAAAAGAAUAUGUUCAAUCAAUAAAAUCAACAACACAUGAAAAUGACAGCAAUUUAACUAAAAGUAUAACCACUUAUGGUAAUACACUCGAAAAGAAUGAAAAUAAAAAAUUUGGAAGAACAGAAAAUUUGGAUCUAAUUGUGGGUUCAAAUGUAAAAGUUCUUUUGGAUUCUGAUGUACAUUAUGGGAUUAUUCGUUGGAUUGGAACCCCUCCUGGUAUUACUUCUGGUAAAUUGAUUGCAGCUGUUGAAUUGGAUGAUAGUCAUCCAUCAGGUACUGAUGGAACAUUUAAAGAUGUAAGAUAUUUCCAUUGUCGGCCAUAUAAAGCUAUUUUUACAGAUCUCGAACAAUGUUCACGAUAUGAUGCCAUGACAAAAGUUGAUGAUUCAACAACAUUGAUAAAUACAGAUAAUUUCGGAAAUAUAGAAAGUUCCGUUAUUGUUGGUAUGGUACGUCCUAUCUCUGUAAAAGGAAACUUGGAAAGUAUUUGUGGAAAAUAUAGAGGAAUUCAAGGUCAUCACAAUUCGUGUUAUUUGGAUGCCACUCUUUUUAGCAUGUUUACAUUUACUAGUGUUUUUGAUAAUUUAUUAUUUAGACCACCAAAUGAAAAAGAUUGUCCGCAAUACGAAGAAGUACAAAGAGUAUUACGUGAAGAAAUUGUAAAUCCACUUAGAAAAAAUAUGUUUGUAAGAGCAGAUCGAGUGAUGAAACUCCGAACUUUACUUGAAAAAUUAUCAUCUGUAUCCGGACUUACUAGCGAAGAAAAAGAUCCUGAAGAAUUUUUAACUUCUUUGGUUGCACAAAUUUUGAAUGCUGAACCAUUUCUUAAAUUAAGUUCUGGUCAAGAUGCGUAUCAUUAUCAACUUUUUGUUGAAAAAGAUGAUCAUUUAAAUCUUCCAACUGUGCAACAAUUAUUAGAACAAAGUUUUCUUACAAGUAACAUAAGAUUGAAAGAAGUUCCUUCAUGUCUUAUUAUACAAAUGCCACGAUUUGGAAAAUCAUUUAAGAUGUAUCAAAAAAUUCAACCUACAUUGUUACUUGAUGUAACAGACAUAAUUGAGGAUUCUCCAAGACAAUGUACUGUUUGCGGAAAAUUAGCAGAAUACGAAUGUAAAGAAUGUUUUGGACAAUGUGGUGUUGGACUUGAAAGUAUUGCAUUUUGUUUGCAAUGUUUAGAAAAGGUACAUCGACAUGAACGAAGAACAAAUCAUGAACCAAAGAAGCUUGUAGUACCAAUGGAAUUCGCUAUUUUACAAGAACAUUGUCCAGUUCCACGAUUGUAUCUUGAAUUGUCGGCAGUAGUUUGUAUCGAAACCUCCCAUUAUGUAUGUUUUGUAAAAUGUGGUUCUGGCUCUGAAGCUCCAUGGUGUUUUUUUGAUUCCAUGGCAGAUAGAAAAGGAGAACAAAACGGUUACAAUAUACCGGAAAUGGUUCCAUGUCCGGAUUUUCCAUAUUGGUUAAGCGAAGAAGGUGGAAAUUAUUUAACUGAAUUAACAGACGAUCGUCAUCUACCUGAACAUGCAAAACGACUGUUAUGUGAUGCAUAUAUGUGCAUGUAUCAAUCUCCAGAUGUUAUGAUGUACAAAUAAAUUAAAAUGCCUGAUAAUAUAGGUAAGUUAGGUUUAAAAUUAUUAUUUUUAAUAAAAAUAACAUAAUGUUUGUGCUUAUUGCUUUAUUUUAUGUAAAUUUAUAUAAUAAUAGUAAAAUUUAUUCACAAAAAUUUUAUACUAUUAAAGAUAAAAGGAAAAGAAAAAAUUGAAAAUUUGAUCAGCUCAUAAAGUUUAUUCAAAUGCAGAAAAACAUGUAAUCUUAAGGGAACUAAGGUUAUACAUAUAUAUUAUACAAAUUAUAUGAAAAUCACGAUUUUCAAUCAAAAACUAGUAAUCUAACUCGGGUAUAGUACUGGUUUUUAAAUUCACAAGAUAUAUUCAUUCAUAUAUAUAUAUAUUUAUCAGUGACAUAAAAUUAAUAUUUUUCAUAUUAUACGAAAAUUAUUGGAAAAUUUACUAUACUAUUGUAAAAUUUAUACACAUAUUGCACGAUCUAAUUAAUCAUCAAAUUUUAUCAGUUUGUUGAAAAUGAAUUCAAAAUAUUGAAUUAAUAUCUUGAUAAUUUAUAAAACUGAAUAUUGUAUUGAUACAUUAAGAAUAUAUAUUUGUCAAAAGUCAUAUAUGAGGUAUAAAAUUUUAUACGAAAAGCUUAUCAAAAUGUUAUCAUAUGACUGAUUUUUAUAGCAAAGAGCACAAACAAUUAAUAAAUCUUUUAUAACUUAAAGAUAUAAUGACUAAGAUUAAGAAAUUCUGCACUUUUAGAUCUAUUGUUGCUCUAAUAAUUUUUGUACUCCCAUUUUAUAAUAUUAGAUUAAAUCUGUUUUUUAAUUUAAUUAUUUAAUAAUUAUAAUAAUCUUAAAGAAAUCUAAUAGAGCAACUUAGCACAACAACAACAACAAUUUAAAAUCCACUAAGUUCAUUACGUUUUUAUAUAAAUAAUGAUAAAGAUCUUUUUGAUAUUCUAAACUUGAAUAUUUUACAUAGAAUGAAAAUCUAGAUCUUAGAUUUGUACAAAUUUAAUUAAUGUGUAGCAGAUUUAUAUACUUAAUGCAUCUCUGAUAGUAAAUAUGUAUAUGAAAAUUAUAAAGUCACAAAGAAAAAUUGUUUCAAAAUCUUACAAAAUUUUCAAAACUAUUAGAUUUUUUCUUGACUACAAUUACUUCAAUAUCAUAUAAAAAAAAGAUAAAAAAAGAAUUUUUGUUAGACUUAAGUCUGAAAGAAAUAUUACUACAAGUGAAAAUAAACGAAAUAAUUAUGAAAAAUUUGAGAUGUAUCAUUGUACAUAAGUUAUGUAAUAGAUAAAAUUUAAUGUUCAUUCAUGCCUUUGUGGCAAAACUAAUAAAGAUAGUGACGAAGUUUGUAUAAA